UUCAGGCUAUUUCGCCUCUCAAAGCAGAAUAAACCCUGUUUUUUUGGCAAAACCCUCCCCCGUCCCUCUCGGUCUCCAUGGCUGUGGACAGGGAAAAGCUUCAAGAAGAAUCUCCCGUUCUCCGUUUCUACAGAAUUAUUCUCGGUUGGGACUACUUCCGCCUCCUCAAGGAGUCCUUGAAAAAUAAAGGAAAAGUUGGCGAUGGAGCUUCUUCGGGGCUGAGGGAGGUGAAGGACACGUACAAGGACGUUGAUGAUUAUAUCUCAACUUUUGAGCCACUUAUAUUCGAGGAAGUCAAAGCUCAGAUUACUCAGAAGAGAGAUGAAGAAGAGGUGACACAAUGGCAUAGCAGGCUGGUGGUGGAAUGCAAUGAGGUUGAUGGAUUUCACUUGCCCGCGGUCACUUAUGCGGCUGAUGACACGGAGGAAUCAAUAUCACAGAAUGAUCUGUUACUUCUUUCAAAAGAAAAUUUCCAAGGGGGUACAAGAAUGCCAACAACAUAUGCAUUUGCAUUGGUGGAGAAUUGCCAGAGUAAUUCUUUUAGGCUUAGAAUGUAUUUAGCUGGAGAAGCCGAGCAUUCAAAUACAGAUGUAGUUAAAUCUUGUCAGAGGCUACUAAGUAUGCAAAAUCUUAUUACUUCACCUACUAGUGAAGUGGAUAAACUCUUUUACAGUCUAAAGAUCUGCAGUUUAUCAACUAUUGCUCGUGAAUAUGUGGCUCUAUGGUCGAUUGGCUCUCUUCCUUUUAAGGAUUUAAUAUUAUCGGCCGCUGAAAAGAAUAUUGGUUGUGAAAACCAGGGUUGGAAAAUUUCUAAAUCCCUGGAGGAAUAUGUAAAACUCAAUCAUAAUGAAACCCAACAAGAAGCCAUACAGGCUGGUCUAGCACGUAAAGCUUUUGUUCUGAUACAGGGGCCCCCAGGAACAGGAAAAACAAAGACUAUAAUUGGGCUUCUAAGUGCCAUUUUGCAUGCUUCUCCAGCAAGAGUGCUCUCCAAGGGUGAAUUGCUUGAAAUAAAGCAUAGGACGGAACUACCCAUGCAGGAAAAAUACAAUCACUGGGCACGUGCUUCUCCAUGGCUAACUAGUAGUAAUCCUAGAGAUAACAUAAUGCCAAUUGAUGGUGACAAUGGUUUUUUUCCUACCACAGGAAAUGAGUUGUGUAUUAUGCAGAAACCAGAAGUAGUCAAUUCUAGUCGUAAAUAUCGUGUACGUGUGCUUGUAUGUGCCCCAUCCAAUUCUGCUCUUGAUGAGAUUGUCCUGCGCGUUUUAAACACAGGUGUUCGUGAUGAAAAUGACCGUGCAUAUAAUCCUAAAAUUGUGCGGAUUGGUCUUAAGGAGCAUCAUUCUGUUCGGGCAGUUUCCAUGGAUUACCUUGUGAAACAAAAACAGGAAAGCAUGAAUGCUGGUAAAGACAAACAUGGAGCUCCAGGAAGAGAUAAGGACAGUAUCCGUGCGGCAAUUUUGGACGAGGCUGUGAUCGUCUUUUCCACCCUUAGCUUCAGUGGUUCAACUCUUUUCAGUAAAUGGAAUCGUGGUUUUGAUGUUGUUAUAAUAGAUGAAGCAGCACAAGCUGUGGAACCGGCCACUCUUAUUCCACUGGCCAAUGGAUGCAAACAAGUAUUUCUGGUUGGCGAUCCAGUUCAACUGCCAGCAACUGUAAUUUCUCCUGCUGCCGAGAAAUUUGGAUAUGGGACGAGUUUGUUUAAGAGAUUUCAGCGGGCUGGUUAUCCGGUGACGAUGCUGAAGACACAGUACCGAAUGCAUCCAGAGAUAAGAAGAUUUCCUUCAAAGGAGUUUUAUGCAGAGUCAUUGGAGGAUGGGCCUAAUAUUGAAGUGCAUACAAGCCGUUCUUGGCAUGAAUACCAGUGCUUUGGACCAUUUUGCUUUUUUGAUUUGCACGAAGGGAGAGAAUCCAAGCUCGCAGGAAGUGAGUCUUGGGUAAAUGUUGAUGAGGUUGAGUUUGUUCUCCUCAUGUAUCAUAAGUUGGUGAGCAUGUAUCCAGGGCUCAAGUCAAGUUCUCAGCUUGCAAUUAUAUCGCCCUAUAGCCAACAAGUAAAGCUCCUCAGAGACCGUUUUAAGAGUACCUUUGGAGUGGAUUCAAAUAAAGUGGUUGAUAUUACUACUGUCGAUGGUUGCCAGGGACGCGAGAAGGAUGUUGCAAUAUUUUCAUGUGUUAGGGCAAGCAAAGAUAAAAGCAUUGGGUUUCUGGCUGAUUUUCGGCGAAUGAAUGUCGGGAUCACCAGAGCAAAGUCUUCUGUCCUGGUGGUAGGGUCUUCAUCUACGUUGAGGAGGGAUGAGCACUGGAAUAACCUUGUGGAAAGUGCUGAGAAGAGAAAUUGUUUUUUUAAGGUUUCCAAGCCCUAUACCUCAUUUUUCACUGAUGAAAAUCUGGAUUCUAUGAAAGUGAAGAAUGUUGAACCCUUGGAUGGGGAAGCUGGACAGCCUGAUGAGGAUGCAUUCUUUCAUGUUAAUCAUGGGGAUGCUGACCAGGGGCUGGCAGAUGAGCAUGACUAUGGAGAUGGGGAUGGGGACAUGGAUGUUGGGGGCAUGGAUGAUGAUUAAGUCCAGAUAUUACUUGGAUUAUCAUAUGGAAAUCACAUUGCAAUUUCAGCUAUUUUUGUCAAUGUGCAGCAGUCUUCAUUGAUGGCAGAGGCGUAUUCUCUAUUUCUGGCUAUUAGGAGAGUAACAUGUAGAGGCUUCACAAGACUGGUGUGCUUAAAGCAUCCUCUUCUUGAGCCUAUUUAUCCAUUUGCAUAGCGUCAAAGGGGACACAAGUCCUUUUGCGCCUUUGAUGCAUUCUGUUUCUCUUUUUUUUUUUUGUUGGGCUAUGCUCCCUUUCAUAUUAUCCACAAAGUAGUUAUCCAAAUAAAUAUAUAUGGUUUUUUUACCAAUUAAGAAAAAGAAAAGAAAGCGUGUAUUCAUAGCUGUGUUUAAUCACGAGCAAGCCAUUGUGUAUUUCUCUUACUGUGGUUUUGGAUGAAGAGUUAGUUGUUACGACAAAUUUAUGAUUU